AUGAACGUAUUUAACUUCUCCAGGAUGGAGAAGAACAAAGUGAAUGAAACACAGCCGGUGUAUGCGAAAAAGGGAAGAUCACAUGACAGUUCAAAUGAAGAAUGUAGUAAGUUAAAAAUAAAAGGGGGGCACAUAACCCACAUGUGUAGUGAAGGAAUGCCUGGGAAUAGUUUAAAUGCGGGGUAUACAAAUGGACACUCAUUAAAUAACAUGUUGAUGAAAAAAAAAAUUGGAAAUGUGCAUAAGGACGAAUGGAAAAUAAAAGAACCUGUAUUACUUUGUGACAAAUCAGGUAAUCAGAAAAAAAUUGAUGUACUCGUAUACCCAGUUUGUGAUCAGAAUAAUUUUUAUAAUUUAAAGGGAAAAAACAAUGACCCCCCACGUAAGUAUGUUAGUGUCGGCAGUGCAAGCCACGGACGGGAGGGAAAACAAGUGUGCACAAAAAACUUUUUUCUUCAGAAGGCGUCUACAAAUGAAGCUUUUUUUACCUGUGGAAAUAGUAAUAAGAUGGAAAAAGGCUUCCUCAAAGGAGAAGACGAAAAAAAAAAAAAAAAAAAAAAUUCCCCCGCGACAGAAAUGUUGUCUGAAAUGGGUACUGCACACAACAAAAAAUCAGUUCAUUCUGGUAACAUCGAAUGUGUGAGUGAAUUCACUCAUCAGUUAAAAAAUAAAAAUGAGAUGUUAUAUCCAGUUGAUUACAACGUAAGUGAUGCUGUGUGUUUUUCCUACAAGGGUAAAAAAAACGAGGGCAAUUUUCCCGGUGUUUUUUCCGCCACUAUGGAGGAGAAGGGUUUGCACGCCUGCGUCAACUGUGUGAAUUCAAAUGUGGAAGAGCAACAUUUCGUGAGUAGCCCCCAUGGAGGAAUUUCUACUCAGGGUGAAUUUCAUCAAAAGGGCGUAACGUUACCCCAUAAGAAAUGUGCAGACACGCCGCCCAGUAAAAGAAGCGAAAUAAUAUAUUCAAAUCCUCAGGGAUUCGAGGACAAUUCAUGUAGGGAGGAUCGAAUAUUAAGUGGCUGCCUGCACACAUUUUCGGAGACAAUCCCUGAGAGGAAGAUUUCCAGGCUCAUUAGCAAAGGGGAAGAAGAGGAAUGGUCCAGUGAUACACCUGACAGAUUUGAUGAGCCUUUCUUAUGUGAUACCCUUCAUGGCUGUGGUGAUGUUGACGAAGGAGAGGAGAAUAAACCCCUCAAGUUAUGCAGAAGGAGGAUUAAUGAACACACAGAUUGGUGUCUCAUGAAAAGCGGUAUGCAUAUUAUGAAGACGAGUGGAAGUAACGGAUCAUCGUUUAUGAAAAGGAUGGGGAUGGAGACACAGGGAAGUGUAUCUGGGGGGGUGGAAAAUAAGUUCAGUUUAAUAUGUGGAGGGAUAUUACCAAGUAAGUGCAGAGGAUCAUGUGCAGAGGGGUUGGACAAUGUCGCGAAGGUAUGCCAGAUCCCCCCAGAUUAUAUGAUGCCAUAUGAAAGAAGCUUGAAGGACCAGUUUAGAUGUCAGGGAGGAAUGAAUAACCUUUCCAGGUCGAUCAGUGAGGUAAUUAUAGAAAAUGCUGACGAAGUGGGGGAAGGAAAAUCCACGGAAGAUUUAUACUUCACUACGAAGGAGGAAAUGAAGAAGAAUAAAGAAAAGGGUGGAGAGAAUAUGGUGACAUACAAUUGCUCAGACGAUGUGAAUACACCUGGGGAGGAUGCCCUUGUGAUGGAUAAGGAUGAGGGAGAUAUGCAUGAAAUGAGUACGGGGGGUGAGGAGGAGGAGGACACCAGAGAUGUGUUCAUAAUGCACGAUGUAAGGGGAGGUGAAAAUGUUGUAUGUUCUUCCUACAUGGAGGAUAUGAAGAAGGGGAAAUUGUCAACACAUGGAUCCUUCACUACUGAAGUGAGUUUUGAAAGGGAAGGGGAAAAUUCCUCUGGCUGGAUAGGCCAAGGGGUAAUUAAUGUUGUACCUGAUGUUCCGUCUAAUGAGAUGCGUACCCCCUACUUAAGUGAUGACAGGAGGAAGGGAAAGGAAAGAGGAAAGAGCUGUGAGGAGGAUUUAGGAAUGAAAUGCAUAAUGCACUUGCUGACUGUGUUGGAGAGGGAACGGAGGAGGAUCGGGAGAGGGGGAGAAAAAAAAGGGGAGGUGAUGAAGAAGGGAAGAAGAGGCACUCAUGAUAAGGGAGAAGGUGACGCACGUACAUAUUUUGCGAAAUAUGUGGAUGAAAUAUUUAGGAAUGAAGAGGAAGUGGAAAAUGGACACAUAGGAGGAGAAGGAACUAAAGGGGAAAGAGAAAAAAUGACCGAUAGGAAUGGAAAAGGGAAGGAGAAGUGGUGUGCCGCCCUGUUAGACAGGGUGGAAAACCAUCUAGGGGCCCUGGACAUUACGCUUAACGAAAUUUUACAGCUUAACAAAGUGAAAAAGAUAUUCUGGUACUUGUACAUGAAGUAUAAAGUUGCUGAUAGCAUCACCAUCGAGAAAUUCUGCGAACUUCUGAAGGAGAAAAUAAACGAAGAAAUGAGUAAAAAUUAUUUUAAAGAAUAUGUCAUGUGGGAAAACUUUCAUUCAUUUUGCAAAAGCAACGUUGGGAAUUUCGACUACAAAAUAAUGAUUUUAGAAAAUUUAUUUUGCCUCUUAAAAUCCUAUCCUCUGGAUUAUGAAGAGAAUAAAGGAUGCUUCUACAUGCUGAAUCCGCAAAGGAAUAAAAUGAUGAAAAGUUCAAGUGUGCAUGAAGAGAAAAAUGCAAAAGUUCAUUUGGUGAAGAAUAAAAUGAACUAUUUGAAGUUGACAAGAGAAGUUAAUAUACAUUUUAAAAAUAAUUUUUUUUUUCUGGACAAGAUUUUUAUCCCCAAGGAUGCUUUUUUCUUCGUAAAGGAUAUGCAGAAUAUCAGGUUGAAGGAUGGCUCAAGUAAAACGUUGUAUGUACACCAGGCUUUGGUACAAGAUUUAAAUGAAGACUCAGAGGAGAAAAAUAGUUUUGAUGGAUUCUACGCAGGGAAUCCGCCACACCAGUCAGACUAUUAUAAGUAUAUUCGUAAGAAGAAGGUACAGAGCAAAAUGAGGAAGAUGAAAGAAUUCAUUUUGUACUAUUAUGGCUUCCCCUCAGUUCAACAUUUUUUUGAGGCACUCCUUGAAUUUGAGCGAGAGUAUAAAAAGGCACAGAGGGGGUGGUCGUCUCUGAAGGGCGGAGUUGUACAGGAGGAGGCCACUCAGUCAUUGGAACUGACGGCGAAGUUGUACGAUAAGUAUGGAAGAAAACCUCGUGUGAAGGGGUGGUGUGAUGCACACGUAGGGGGCACUUACCCCCAGUUUCGUAAUUACCAUUUGAAGGAGUAUCCUUUGGAAGGACAAGGAGGAAAUUCGGAGAAGAAGGUAGACGGGGUGAAGAUCAUGGAAAAGACGAGAGAAUCGAAUAGGCAGUUUGGAGAGAAAUUUCCAGACACGCAAAAAAGGAACCACUCAGAGUAUACGUACGAUGAGGAAAUAAAGUGCGACAUCGCCGCUAUGUUUGCAAAGUGGAGGAAGGAGGAUCAUCAGGAUAAGCAAAAAACGGACUUGCAAAAAACGGACUCGCUAAAAAUUGAUUCGAUAAAAAUUGAUUCGCUAAAAAUUGAUUCGCUAAAAAUUGAUUCGCUAAAAAUUGAUUCGCUAAAAAUUGAUUCGCUAAAAAUUGAUUCGAUAGAAAGGAAUGUUCGCAAGGAAGAAGAGGGAAAUGUGAUAUUUCCAUGUGAGGGUGGUGGCCACUGCAGUGAAGAAAGCGAACCAUACUGGCUGAGCGAAACCAUCGAGGAGGUAUCCCCUACGUAUGAAAAUUUCUUCAACACAGUUGAUGCGGCAAAGAAGGUCAAAGAAAUAAAUUUAAGGACACUGAAAUUAUUUACAGAAAAUAUGAGGAAGGUGAAAGGGUACCCAAAUUUCACAUCGGUUGAUGAAGUCUUCUGGGGUAUUUGUUUCUCUGAUCCAGAUUUACCUAAACAUAUCCUAUGUGAGAAGAAAAUAUUUCCGAAAAAUGUGAGCUUUAAUGGUUUUAUGAGGAGCAUGAGGUAUGUACCUUAUGUCAUUCCCGAUUUCCCCGUGCCGAGCAGACAUUUUAUAUCAAUGUAUCAAAGUGAAAAAGCUAAUGAGGUGUUUAAUUCGAGAAAUGCUUUUUUAAAUUUGUUGAAGUAUGACGGGAAGAAUUCCGAAAUGGUUUUACUGAGAAAUAAAAUAAUCUAUGACAUUGUUAAAUUGUUCGUUUUUCUUUCAUCUAAUUUUGGGGUUGAGACGGGGAAAUAUGGGAAAGCUGCGGGGAUGUCACAUGGUGACGCGACCCCCAUGGUGGACUCCUCUUACUACAUCAACUACAAGUAUAAUUUGAAAAAGGGAAGGGAAUGUGUUUCCAAUAGGGGUGAAUAUCAGGACACGUCUAGUAGUUGUUCCUUAUAUUAUAUCCCCAGUAGCUUGGAUGACGAGAUAGGGGAUGAUAGCGAGGGAAGCCUUUCAGUAACGCAGAAAAAUGAAGGGAAGGAAGGAAUGCCCCAUGAAGGUUACCAUAUAAGCCAUUCGACGUUGGAACAGGGGAGUCGUAAAAUGGAGAAGAAGGAACAGUCAUAUUGUAGGAGAAGACACCCUGAUGAAGGAUGUUCGAAUUCAGUGGCAGAACUACUAAUGAGGAAAAAUAAAAAAAUGUCUUACAAAUAUGUACCCAAGUGGCACAUGUCAAAUGAUAUGUUUUUAUCUCGACUGGUAUCCUUUGAUGAAAUUCAAAUUUCUUUGGAGAAAAUAUAUCCACUGUUCAUGAUUCAGACAGCGCUAAUUUUUAUGAUUCACAUUUCCUGCUGUACGUUAAAGGAGGAAGAGUGGAGGUACUUUUUCGAGGGUCCCUUCACCCUGUACAAGAGCUUAACCCCUGAGGAGGUAGCCAUGAGGUAUAUAAAAAUAAAGGGGAGUGAAUUCUUCAAACUGAGCAAUAUUAAGUUCAACAAAAAUAUAAACCUUCAUCAGGUUUUCAUGAACAUACCAGAGAAUAUGCAGUGCGCAGAAAUUUACAGAUUGGCUAUAAAUGGGGAGAGCACAUCAACGGGCUACUCCGCUGAACCUUUCGACAUAUACCAUCUCAUGUUCGUUUCGCGUGUGUUUUGGUACAUUUUUUUGUACUCCGACAAUUUCCUGCUUUUACGGUCAUCCCUGUUUUGGGAUGCCCCACAAUAG